CAUCCCUCCCCCAUCCCUCCCUCCUCUGAAAACAUACAAUUUUUUUUUUUUCUUUUGCAACUCUUCCAUUGCUCCUGCCUCCCAAUCUCCCCCCUCUAUAGAAAUUCCGAGGACAGACUGUAAGUCCUCAGUCCAGGCACAAAUCCCCAUUAGAGUGUAGAGCAAGCAGAGGGCUAAGAGUGAAAGGUAGACAGAAAGGUUUAGGUCAAACGGGGUUCAGUAAAUGUAGAAUAGCUAGUAAAAUUAAAACACGAGAAAGAGCAAAAGUAACAGAGACCAGGAGAGUGAAGGAGAGAGAGAGAGAGAGAGAGAGAGAGAGAGAAGUUGUGAAAGAAUGGGCUCUCCAGUGCUCUAUGUGAUUCUUUUCUCUGUGCUGCUGUAUCUCUCUAGUGUGCAAACUCAGGAGCUGCAGGAUAAAGAUGCCCUAUGCAAUGAGAAGAGCUGUUUAGUAAUCUACUUUCAGCGCAAAACCUUCCUGGAUGCCUGGCGCAGCUGCAGGAAACAGGGUGGCAACCUUGUCACCAUCAAGAGUCCAGAGGAGUCAGACCUAAUUGAUAUGCUCUUUUCUAACCUGGAACUGAUGGAAAGUAGCCGUGUGUUUGUUUGGAUUGGUUUGCAAAGGCAGCCUCGUAAGUGUGCCGCCGGCCGUCCCAUGCGAGGCUUCUCCUGGAUUACUGGGGAGCAAGAUACCCAGUACACCAACUGGCAGCAAGACGACUCUCCAAACACCUGUUCAGUUCCACGUUGUGUGAGCAUAGGUUACAGUACCUCUGCUCAAAAAAGCCAGGACAACUUCAAGUGGAAAGAUGGGCCUUGCUCAAUUCCUGUGGAUGGCUACUUGUGCAGGUACACUUUCUCUGGCAUGUGUCAAGCUAUUUCAAAUGAAGGAUAUGGAAAUGCACUGUACACAACCCAAUUUGACCUUGUCACCUCACUCUUGACUCACAUUCCAUUUGGGUCAGUUGCAACUGUACCCUGCUUAACUAAAGGUGACCAAACAGUACUGUGUACUGAAAGAGAGGAUGGGACUGUGGGUUGGAACAGAGAUCCUCCUUUCUGUUCUGAUAUUUCCAAGAUAAGCUGGUGUGAUAAGGAUAAUGGUGGCUGCCACCAUUACUGCAUAGAAGAUGGCAAGCAUUACUACUGUGAUUGUAAGGAAGGCUUUCUCUUGGCUGAAGAUGGAGUGAGCUGCUUUCAAACUGACCCCUGUCAAGGAUCUCCCUGUGAAUAUGAGUGUCUGACAGUGAUGGACAGUUAUCGCUGUGCCUGCCCUGAGGGGUACAUGCUGGCACCAGAUGAGCAAGGCUGUCUGGAUGUUGAUGAGUGCUUGCAGAGUCCAUGUGAACAGAUCUGUGUAAAUGCACCAGGGACCUUUGAGUGUGCCUGUCGUAAUGGCUAUAAAUCUAAUGAGGAGGGAACUUGUGAGGACAUAGAUGAGUGCGUGGAGGCUCCAUGUGAACAUGAAUGUGAGAAUGUAAAAGGUUCUCAUGUAUGUCAUUGCCACCAUGGCUUUGCUUCCCUUCAAGAGGAUCCAAGUCGCUGCUACGAUGUUGAUGAAUGUCAAUUUGAGGGAACCUGUGAGCAAAUGUGUAUAAAUUUUCCUGGGGGAUUUGAAUGCUUCUGUGAAGAGGGUUAUGAUCUCCAAAUUGACCUCUAUUCAUGCAAACCUAGUGAUGAGCAGCAAUCUUCCACAGUAACUGCACCCAUCCUCUUGAUCACUGAUCUUACGGUUAGUAUGGCAGAAAAUCAAGACCCUGAUUACUUCAAGCCUCAUGAAAAUGAAUCUCUGUACGGGCUUACUGAGCUUCCUAAUGUGGAGAUGGUUCCCACUGACCUGCUGUGGCUCACUAGUGCGACCCAGGAGGUAACUGAAACCAUUUCACCAACUGAAAGCCUUACUAGCAUCAUUAACAUGGAAUUGGAUAAUGUAGACCAAACAGUUGCUGUGGAUACCUUUUUAUCUUCCACCAUUUCAACUCCACUAUCAGAAUAUUAUGACGAUGAGAGUACCACAGAAUUCACAGUGUCCCCCACCACUACUAUAGCAGGCGGUGCUUGGAAUUGGAUGUUCAGUCCUAGCGCAAGUGAGCUUGACAGCGAGAGAACUACACAAAGUCCUUUCAUUAUUGAAGCAGAAUAUGAAACCUAUAAGACCGAUCUUGAUAAUGGCAGCCAUGAUUACGAAUCUACAACUUCUUACACUGAAUUACAAACCCUUACACAGGCCCUCCUAUCUACUCAGGGAGCUAAGGAUGGCAGCAGCAAAGAGCAGUCUCAGAGCAGCAGCUGGUUGCUGGUUGGAUUGUUGGUACCGCUCUGCAUCUUCAUUGUGUUGAUGGUGGCACUGGGUAUCAUCUACUGUACUCGGUGUACCUCUAAGCCACAGAACAAGAAUGCCACUGAGUGUUACCACUGGAUUGCUGGUGCUGGUGAUAAAGCAGCUGUCGAUAUGGCAAGCGGUGGUGUAACAAAGGUGUAACCAAACUGUGCCAGGACAAGCAGAUGAACACAGACCUUUACAAUUUUUGAAACAUCUUUACAGCAGAUGGUAGAACAAGGAAAUUAGGUGAAGAACUGUCUUGUAUCAAUACAAUCCUCAAUUAUUAAUUGUGGAUAUUUAAAUAGAAUAUCUGUCAGUGAUAAGACAGGAGAAAUGGGAGGAACUGGGAAACCUCUAACACUGUUUCUCUGCUGUACUCUGCUGAAAGAGAAAAGAACCUGUUGUUUUAUUUCUUAACCUCGUCACUCUUCCUGUGACAUGGUUGUUUAACUGUUGCAUUGUAGCAGCCACAAGGUCAUAGCUAAUGUGAAAAGACACCUUAGCAUUGUUUCACAUAUUUAUUUUACUUUUUAUAAUUCUUUUGUUUGAAGCAGCAUUAUGAUCGUAAAUCAGAAGUUUAUGCCUUACAGUAGCCUCAAAGAAGUGUCAUUUUUUGUGAAAGUCCUCCUGCAUUUGCCUUGAUAUGGAGCUGUACUACUUGUUUCAACUCUCUGAGCCAGAUCGGAUGGAUGAUAUUUUUUGGUUUGCGACCGUGAAAUGGAGAAAGUUUCUGAUUGUUACAGUGGACAUCACUGUGCUCCUUUCUAUGACUAAGUCAUAUUUAACUGUCAGAUAUUAGUGUGAGGUAAUGGUUUAUUAAAAAUAUGCCCAAAGCAAAUUAUGAUAACACCCUAAUUAUUAAGUCACAUGCUGUAGGCAUGAAGGAAAUUAACUGAACAUAUGCCUUUGAGGUUUAAAGUCUUUUUUUUUUUUUUUUUUUUUAAUUAAUGCAUAUUCUUAGUGGUGUUAUUAUGCUCACACACAUGUACAAAACAUCUGAUAAGAAUUACAUGGACAAUAUUAUUAUGUGACCACACAAACAAUGUCAAAAAUAGUUUUAAUUUGUAAAUAUUGGACAUGUUAGCUUAUGAACACUCAUUGUUGGAUGAAUUCAUUGACUCUUGCAAGUUCUGCUCAUUAAAGUAUGAUUUCACUCUGA